GUACCCGACCAUGACCUGAGCGACACGAGCACUAUACGCAUUAGCAUCGAGGAGUUUGUACGUUGCGAGCUGGAGAACAGUGGUGACCCAUCUGGAGACUGUGUUCCGACUGUCGAGGGCUUCCCGGCGCACGUCACGCACGUUCGGAGCAUGCGCAAUGAGUUCUCCAUG